AUGGCCCCCAACAACCCCGACACGAGCAACCAGUCUGCCGCCUCGGAAGACGCCAAGGGCGAUGUCAACGCUGCCGUCGAGGAACUUUUGAACACCAUCUCCAACAAGUUUGCCGGGGUGUCUAGCGAGAUCUUCGCGAAGAUGGAUGAAAUGUCUCGUCGACUGGACAACUUGGAGGCAGCGCUUCUCGCUAAUAAGGAGAAGGAGGGCUCAUCAAAGUCGUCUUGA